UUACACAACACAGAGGUGUACUCUGGCGUCCUUGGAUACGACAGAAAGCCUGGCUAAGUGUUACUUCGAGAACGUCUUCUAACAAAAGUGUGGCUUAUGUGACAAGGCGAAACAGAAUUGAAAUUUUGAUAAGGGAACGGGAGAGCUUCUUAAAGACGUCUCUGUACUCAUGAGUUUAUCUAGACUCUGCUUUGGACAUUUUUAAUAAAACGGGGAAAGUAACUCUUCAUGAUUGUAAAGUGUGUGCCUAUAUCAAGUUAGCGAGGGACAAAAUACUAGCACCAUGCCCGACAAUAAGUACUGUGAUUUUAUUUGAUAUUUGUGCUCAUUAUUGAAACGCUGGAAUGAAUUAGAGACAAGUGUUCAUACUUUGAUUACAAGACAGACAUACGACAGAUCUGAUUUGAUUGGACACAGCUUUCAACAUGAAAGAAUCAACUUAUGGAUGGUAUCCCUCUGUUCAAGAUAUUUAUCGCCCCAAAGGAAGACCUUCGUCUUACCAUCUGGAAUGUCUGUACAAAUAUAACAAUUCUAUGUACUAUCAAGACAAAGCUCUGCCUCCAAAACCGGAAUUAUUUGUCAGAGGCGUAUCCAGUGUCCCACCGCCACCGACUCCUGAAGAUCUGAGGAGAAGAUCCCAGUCAGUCCCGGUACCUAAAUUCAAGCCGAUCCCUAAACUUCACAUCCCAACACCUGCAGACUGCUGGGGUCACAAACGACUCGAGGAGACCAAAUGGGGGAUAGUUGAGGAGGAGACUGCACCGUCCCCUGCACCCCCUUCGGAGGUCAGCUGGCCCAUCCCAAAAGACAAGCAGCAACAGUUGUUUAAAGAGCAUCUCAAAAAGCAGUAUGUUUCUGGGGCUCGAUCGGCUCUAUCGUCUGCAGCAGGUCCAACUGCUGUGGGUGUCGCACAAUUCACUUCAAGAAGUGAGUCAGCCAGCUCGCAGCUCAAAUGGCCCACUGCAAGCAAUACGGAGUUAGCUCGACCUCAGACCUCGUCAUCUUCUGGACAGAGGUCCAUGUCAGCUAAAAUAUCUCAGAGUAACGAUAAAUACGUCACCAGUCCAGCGCCACCUAGUGGCAAAAUGACUGCUUCGUGCAGACGAUCUGCUAGAAUUCAAAGCGCUACGGUGCACAGAACUAAAACUGCAUUGCCUGUCAGGCCUGUUACUGCAGGUCCGAGCAGACAAUCUGUACAGGACAGUAAACCCGAGUCUGCAGGAUCUUUUAGACAAAGUGUCCAGCGUAUUGAGACCGAGCCUGUACAACGAGUGACCCAAGAAAAUGUUGCCUCCGUCUGUACCACGUCUGCUGAUGAAGAUGUAUCCCCGCCAACCAAACCUUUCAUUUAUGACGUCAAUGACUUCUGCGCUCAGGAAGACUGCAAAGAAGGAGAGAUAACUCCAAAAGUAUCAGAGGAUGACAACUACGAGUCGAUUGUAGAAAAAUACGGAUGGAGGGCUCAGAUUCACGGCGAUCCCUACAAAUUGAAAAAACCCAUGAAGAGAAUAAGCUAUGCCGUCAACUGCCCAGAGCCCAAGCUUCUGCCGGACCCACCUAACGUCCACAUGGAGAGCAAGGAGACCUUUUUCUACAACACCAUCCCAAAGAGGCCCUUAAGUUUUGUGGUCAGCAAGGAGUGGAUGUCGGAAGUUCUCUUGGCCAAGCGGCUGGAGCUUCAGAAGAGAGACGGCGGAAUAAAGUACAACUACAAAAACUUUGCGUUUGUUUACUGAUCGCUAUGGCAACCAAAAUGUCUAAGUCUAGAACUACCACAAUUGUUGUAUGUAUAUGUUACAUGUAUAAGACUAUCUAUAGUACAUCUAUAGUACGUUCGAUAAUCGCCUGUUUAUUGCUAUUGUUAAUAUUUCAACUGUAUGUUAUAUGUAUAUAUGUUACAUGUAUAAGCCUAUCUAUAGUACAUCUAUAGUACGUUCGAUAAUCGCCUGUUUAUUGCUAUUGUUAAUAUUUCAACUGUACGUUAUAUGUAUAUAUGUUACAUGUAUAAGCCUAUCUAUAGUACAUCUAUAGUACAUUCGAUAAUCACCUGAUUAUUGUAUAUUGUUAUUGUUAAUAUUUCAACUGAUGAUUUAAUAUGUUACAUGUCAAACAAAGCUGAAAAGCAUGCAUACUAGUUUGUGUAUGUCUUGUUUGAAAUAUGGUAUUCAAAAAUUUAAAAAUUAUAUUUUGGGGGGGGGGGGAUUAUAUAGGUCUAUAAUAUAAUAAUAUCUUUCUAUAUUGCAAUGCGUGUAUAUCAAUGUUCCAAAGACUAGUCUCUCUAAAUUACAUAUGAUCGUGUGUGUCAACAUUUCAUUUUAAGUCAUUUAAAGUCAUAUGACAUUCAGUCAAUAAGUGAGUUGCUGUCUUUGACUUCUUCUUCACCUAUCCCUUAGUCUGUUGGACCGUUGGGGCACCACACAGGAUCUGUUGAUCGUCCUUCUCCACUCUUCUCUGGCUUUUGACACAUCUCCCUCAAUGUUGUCUUUCCAUCACUUUCUCUGCCUCUUCUCCUUUUUCCUGGUACUGUUCCCUGAAGGAAGGUCUUGCACAAAUAAUUGAUUGAAGGCUUCAAGCUUGCAUCCUCUAAAAUAGUUCUUGUACUGCAAUUACCUCCCCAUGAUUUAAGAAUUGGACUGUUGGGUGUGUUCAGCAGUUAUCUUCCCAUAACAUUUCUCUUUGUUAUUUCUUUUUUUUUUUAUACACCGGAAGUAUGGUCACUUAAUAAUGGGGUUGUAUCUAUUAGCCACCACGUCAUUUAUGAUGUUAUGUGUUUUUUUUUACUUAGUUCAAAGUUCACAAUGUAUAAAACUAUAACCAUAAUGUAAUUAAAUAUUUCCCUGUCUUUAUUUUAGUCGCCAUGUCCUAUCUACUUAUUUAUAGUUCGAAACUCGGCGAAAAGAUAAUUUAAUAUAUAUUUCGCUAAGAAUUAGAAAAAUUAAGAACUAGUGAUUUGAUGACAGAUAUUACUUCCGGGUCAUGAUAAUAAAACUAGACAUAAACCCUAAGUCACUAAGACGAUUUGGUGAUGAAACUAACAAAGAGGUUGGUAAGAUGUCAUCAUCAUCAAAUCCUGAAAUGCGUCGGACGUAAUUAUCUUCUAUUUUGAAGUAACGUCUGUAAUAUAUAAGGGGCCGAAAUUUUGCAAGAUGGGGCUGUGGGCAGAUUUUAUUGUGGAGGCCCUCCACCUUUUUUUAUGAUUUAAAUCUAAACCCAUGUAAUAGUUGUGAAGAAAAAAUAAAGUGCUGACGGCCAUAAUUUCA